AUGGGGUUAGGGUUAGGGCAAAUAUGGUUUAGGAAAUCAAAGAAGUUAAGCAGCGCGACCUGUGAUUCUAUUGGAGUCGGGACGAAAUCAUCCGAUCCACAUGUCUCUUUCUGGAGUCGUGGAUUCGUGCGUGAAUAUGCGCCCGCAUUCACGGUCUGGGACCAUGUGCCGAAUCUUUGUCGGGUGUGGGACGCGGUGUGCGUGAGGAAACUGGGUCACGCGCCACUUCUUAGAAUUCUCCAGCAGCAGUCUCCGAUGAAUUUUAGUAACCAGCGGCCUUCCAUGGAUUUGCUCUAUGUUGAGGACCAUAAAUUGUAA